AUGCCCACCUACCCAUCGCUUUUAUUUCCCUCAAAGCUCACUACACCUCACCCUCCCCUUUCCCCGGGCCCCUCUCCGGAACCACCGGGCCGCUCCCGCCCUGAGGGGCCGGCACGCGCCGCCUCGCGGGGCCGAGCGCCGCCCCCGCCGCCUCAGCGCUCGGCCCGGCGGGCGAGUGGCCGCUGCCCCGGCUCCUCGGCCGUGCCGAGACAGAGAGAACAGGUCUCUCAGGUGUGCCCAGCUCCCGACAGGUCUCCGGCCCUGCGGGGCCGCCCGGCCGCCGGCUGGGCGGAUUCUGCUCUCAGCCCCGCGGACUUAGGCGGGGAAGGGAGGCGGCCUCAGCCCCGCUGCGCUGGGUCCCGGCUGCCUGGGGACGGGGCGGCUGCGCCGCUAGAAGCGCUGCUGCUGAGGCGGUGCGGGUACCCCGCCUCCGAGGGGGCCACCAGCUGUACCUGUUUUUCCAAAAUCAUGGAUGAGAACGGAGCAAGUCCUGAAGCAAAUCAGUUUAGGAAACCAUUGUAUGGAUUGUUUCAAUAUAAUUCCAGUAUGAUUGGACUAGAAUCAUUAGCUGAUCCCUCAGAUACCUGGGAAAUUAUAGAGACUAUUGGGAAAGGCACUUAUGGUAAAGUCUAUAAGGUUGCUAAUAAGAAAGACGGAAGCUUGGCAGCAGUGAAGAUUCUGGAUCCUGUCAGUGAUGUAGAUGAAGAAAUUGAAGCUGAAUAUAAUAUUUUGCAGUUUCUUCCCAAUCAUCCUAAUGUUGUUAGAUUUUAUGGAAUGUUUUACAAAGCAGAUCAAUAUGUGGGAGGACAGCUCUGGCUAGUACUUGAGCUGUGCAAUGGAGGUUCUGUCACAGAGCUUGUCAAAGGCCUGCUGAAGUGUGGCCGAAGACUGGAUGAAGCUAUCAUCUCAUACAUCUUAUAUGGUGCUCUCUUGGGCCUUCAGCAUUUACACAAUAACCGGAUCAUUCAUCGUGAUGUGAAAGGGAACAACAUUCUCCUGACAACAGAAGGUGGAGUCAAGCUCGUUGACUUUGGUGUUUCAGCCCAGCUCACCAGCACACGGCUGCGUCGAAACACCUCGGUGGGAACACCCUUUUGGAUGGCACCUGAGGUCAUUGCUUGUGAACAGCAGUAUGACUACUCCUAUGAUGCUCGAUGUGACGUGUGGUCCUUGGGAAUAACAGCUAUUGAACUGGGGGAUGGAGACCCUCCUUUAUUUGACAUGCAUCCGGUGAAAACACUUUUUAAAAUUCCAAGAAACCCUCCACCUACUUUGCUACAUCCUGAAAAAUGGUGCAGAGGAUUCAACCAUUUCAUUUCACAGUGUCUAAUCAAAGAUUUUGAGAAGCGUCCUUCGGUCACCCAUCUUUUGGAACAUCCGUUUAUUAAACAAGUACACGGUAAAGAUAUGUCUUUGCAAAAACAGCUGGCUGAGCUCAUCCAAGAACAGCAGCAGCUAGGCUCCACAGCCAAAACAAGGCAUGAACGAAUACAUACUAGAAGACCCUACCAUGUGGACAGAGCUGACAAGUACUCUCUAGAUGACGAUCUGGUAAAUCUAGAAGUUCUCAAUGAGGAUACAAUUAUCCAUCAGCUGCAAAAACGUUACGCUGACCUACAGAUUUAUACUUAUGUUGGAGACAUUUUAAUAGCCUUGAACCCCUUCCAGAAUCUCAGCAUUUAUUCUCCCCAGUUCUCCAAGCUUUACCAUGGUGUGAAGCGUUCAUCAAAUCCCCCCCACAUAUUUGCCUCUGCAGAUGCUGCCUACCAAAGCAUGGUUACAUUCAGCAAGGAUCAGUGCAUUAUCAUCAGUGGGGAAAGUGGUGCUGGAAAGACAGAAAGUGCCCAUCUGAUCGUCCAACAUUUGACCUUCUUGGGAAAGGCCAAUAACCGUGCUUUGCGUGAGAAGAUUCUUCAGGUGAAUCCUCUGGUUGAAGCAUUUGGAAAUGCCUGUACUGCCAUCAAUGACAACUCAAGUCGCUUUGGAAAAUAUCUGGAAAUGAUGUUUACACCUACAGGAGCUGUAAUGGGGGCAAAGAUUUCUGAAUAUCUACUUGAAAAAUCAAGGGUCAUAAAACAGGCUGUGGGAGAAAAAAAUUUCCAUAUAUUUUAUUAUAUUUAUGCUGGCCUUUAUCAUCAGAAGAAACUUUCUGAAUAUAGACUUCCUGAUAAAAAGCCCCCUAGAUAUAUUGAUAAUGAAACUGGAAGAGUAAUGCAUGAUAUUGUUACUAAAGAUUCCUAUGGAAGACAAUUCGAAGCAAUUCAGCAUUGUUUUAGAAUUAUAGGAUUUACUGAUGAGGAAGUGUAUUCAGUAUACAGAAUACUGACUGGAAUCUUAAAUACUGGAAAUAUUGAAUUUGCUGCUAUUUCUUCACAACACCAAACAGAUAAAAGUGAGGUUCCUAACCCAGAAGCCUUGGAUAAUGCUGCUGCACUACUAAGCAUUGGGUCAGAAGAACUUCAAGAAGCCCUAACCUCCCACUGUGUUGUAACACGGGGCGAGACUAUAAUCCGGACGAACACCGUGGACAAAGCAGCGGACGUGCGGGAUGCCAUGUCUAAAGCUCUUUAUGGCCGGCUCUUCAGCUGGAUCGUAAAUCGUAUUAAUACGCUGCUUCAGCCAGAUAAAAAUAUAUGCAAUGCUGAAAGUGGGAUGAAUGUUGGGAUACUAGACAUAUUUGGAUUUGAGAACUUCACAAGAAAUUCUUUUGAACAGCUGUGCAUAAAUAUUGCUAAUGAACAGAUCCAGUUUUAUUUCAAUCAACACAUUUUUGCACUGGAACAGAUGGAAUAUCAGAGUGAGGGAAUUGAUGCCACUACAGUGGAGUAUGAGGACAACCGUCCACUUCUAGAUAUGUUCCUUCAGAAACCAAUGGGUCUCCUGUCUCUGCUAGAUGAAGAAAGUCGAUUUCCUCAGGCAACAGACCUAACUUUAGUUGAUAAGUUUGAAGAUAACUUACGAUGCAAAUACUUUUGGAGACCAAAAGGAGUGGAACUGUCAUUUGGAAUUCAGCACUAUGCUGGAAAGGUAUUAUAUGAUGCCUCUGCAUUUCUUGAGAAGAACAGAGACACUCUCCCUGCUGACGUAGUGGUGGUGUUGCGAACUUCAGAGAACAAACUUCUUCAGCAGCUGUUCUCUAGCCCAUUAACAAAAACGGGCAAUUUGGCACAAGCAAGAGCCAGAGUGACAGCAGCAUCUCGGUCUCUGCCUCCGCAGCUCAGUGCUGGGCGUAUCAAGGUUGACACAAUGGAGGUUAUGCGGCAUCCUGAGGAAACAACUAACAUGAAGCGGCAAACUAUGGCUUCCUAUUUUAGGUAUUCCCUCAUGGAUCUUUUGUCCAAAAUGGUUGUUGGACAGCCUCACUUUAUCCGCUGCAUUAAACCUAACGAUGACCGAGAAGCAUUGAUGUUUUCUCAUGAGAGAGUUCUGCUGCAGCUACGAUACACUGGAAUUCUGGAAACUGUCAAGAUACGUCAAAAAGGGUAUUCUCAUCGCAUCCUCUUUGAAGAGUUUGUAAAAAGGUAUUACUACCUUGCAUUCAAGGCACAUGAGACUCCCCUUGGUAGCAGAGAAAACUGUCUUGCCAUUUUGGAGAAAUCUAAACUAGACAACUGGAUUCUUGGGAAAACCAAGGUUUUCCUUAAGUAUUACCAUAUAGAGCAGUUAAAUUUGCUCCUUCGAGAAGUUAUAGGGAGGGUGGUGGUCAUGCAAGCCUAUAUCAAGGGAUGGCUCGGAGCAAGGAGGUACAAGAAAGUAAAAGAUAAAAGAGAAAAUAGUGCUGUUACAAUACAAUCAGCCUGGAGAGGAUAUGAAGCUCGCAGGAAGUACAAGGAAAUAAGGAACAGAAGAACUGAUGCUGCUAUACAUAUUCAGGCAGCUUUUAGGGGUUAUAUUGUUCGUAAAAACUACGCAAGAUUGAAAACCAGCAUGGAGCGUGUAGCAGAUCCUCAGCUUACAAGCAGCUGCUCUACUUCUGAUUUUGGCUGUGAAGAAGGCUGGCAGCAAACCAGUAACCAGUCUUCUCCUGUUGUGCCUGACUUUCCUGACAAACAAACUAAAAAGGAUAAUUUGGAUGAGAUUUCUGCUUCUCCAUUUAUUCAAAAAAAUUCAUUUGAAACGAAUGAUUCACAAUCAGUUAGCCAAUCCCAGACAGUUGCAGACCAUCAGUUGUCAAGUCUCUUGACAUCCUGCAAAAAAGGAGGUUCAGAAAACUCUCUUGAACAGAAGCUGAGAACACCUCGUCGACGAUGUCAGCAGCCCAAAAUGCUGAAUAGCCCUGAGGAUAACAUGUACUAUAACCAGUUAAAUGGAACUCUAGAAUAUCAAGGGAGCAAGAGGAAGCCAAGAAAACUUGGCCAAAUCAAAGUACUGGAUGGAGAGGAUGAGUAUUAUGAAUCAUUGUCAGCUGUUGAAUCUACCCCUGAAGAUGACAGUUUUCUCAGCUCUCCAUCUCCUCCUACAAGAGAUGUGUCUUUUGCUCAAAGCUGA